AUGACAGCAGACAAGGGCCAGCGCAGCAACUUUGGAAGCUCAUGGCUGUUGGACCCAGACAAGCCUUGGUAUCAUGUCAUGCCCCGCUCUGGCUGGCUGAAUGAUCCAAAUGGCCCCAUUUGGUACAAAGGACGAUACCACAUAUUUUACCAGCAUGUGGUGGGCAGCAGCGAGUGGGACUGGGCCAUGUGCUGGGGCCAUGCCUCCAGCGCAGACUUGGUGCACUGGGCACACGAGCCCAUAGCACUGGAACCGACCCCCAACAAAUUCGAUGCAGCAGGCUGCUGGUCGGGCUGCAGUACUUUGAAUAGCGAUGGCACGCCUGUCAUCAUGUAUACAGCUGUCAGGUUGCGGGAGAACCCAGGCCUGCCCCUGCCCCCAUCAGCGUCAGACUUGGGCCUGCAAAUGAUUGAGAGCCAGUGUGCUGCUGUCUGCAGUCCAGGUGAUGAUCACUUGGUCACUUGGACCAAACAGAGCAGGCCAGUGAUCGAGCUGCCACCGCCAAAUGAGGGCCUGGUGGGGUUCAGAGAUCCUUACAUCAUUCAGCGUGGGGUUGAUGGGAAGCACUGGAAGCUUCUGCUGGGCAGCGGAGUGAAGGGGAAGGGAGGAACCCUUCUUCUCUAUACAUCUGAGAACCUCCUUGAUGGUGAAGAUUGA